AUGCCGACCAUUACCGUGGACAAGGCAGCCCUCUUCAAAGAGCUGGAGAGGGAAUACACAACAGAAGAGUUCGACGAGCUAUGCUUCGAGUUCGGCAUCGAGCUGGACGAGGACACGAGCCAAAGCACGAAGCCUGAGGACCAGGCGCAGCCACCGCAACUCAAGAUCGAGAUACCCGCCAACCGAUAUGACAUGCUAUGCUUCGAGGGCAUUGCACUGAACCUGCGGGUCUUCUUAGAGAAACAGCAGCUACCCAAAUGGAAGCUUUCCCCGCCCCAGUCUGGGGAGCUCGAAACGAUCACAGUGAAGGAGGAGACAACACAGAUUCGGCCAUUGGUCUCCGGUGUCGUACUACGGAACAUCAAGUUCACCCAAGAGCGUUAUGACUCGUUCAUCGCGCUGCAGGACAAGCUCCACCAGAAUCUGGCGCGACAGAGGACGCUGGUAUCAAUUGGAACGCACGAUCUUGACACUAUCAAGGGCCCCUUCACAUACGAAGCUCUAUCGCCUGAGGAGAUUAAGUUCACUCCCCUGAACCAGAGCAAGGAGAUGAACGGGAAGGAGCUCAUGGAAUUCUACGAUAAAGACAAGCAUCUCGGCCGCUACCUGCACAUCAUUCGAGACUCCCCGGUCUACCCAGUGAUCUACGACUCCAACCGCACCGUCCUCUCAUUACCGCCGAUUAUAAACGGAAACCACAGCAAGAUCACCCUCGACACGAAAAAUGUCUUGGUCGAGAUCACAGCGUUGGACAAGACGAAAGUUGAAAUCGUCAAUCACAUACUAGUCGCUAUGUUCGCAGGCUACGCAGAGUCAAUAGAACCGCUCAAGAUUAUCUCGCCGCACAAUAACGAGUCAAGAGAAGCGCCAGACCUUACUCCGCGAGUCUUUCCCGCCGAGGUUGACUAUCUGAAUCAAGUUACCGGCCUUGACCUUCCGAAAGAUGAAAUCUCAAAGCUUCUAGCGAAGAUGGGCCACGAUGUAAAGCCGUCAAGCUCAGACAAGAACAUCUUGGAUGUCGCCGUGCCCAUUACCAGGGCAGAUGUGCUCCACCAAGCCGACAUCAUGGAGGACUACGCCAUCGCAUACGGCUUCAACAAGCUCCCCCGCUUCUACCCCAACAAGUCUUCCGCUGUCGCAGCGCCCCUACCCAUCAACAAGCUCGCCGACAUAGUCCGUCUAGAAUCUGCAGCAGCAGGCUGGACAGAAGUCCUCCCACUGAUUCUUUGCUCUCAUGAGGAGAACUUCGCGUGGCUCAACCGCAAGGACGAUGGCAAUACCGCCAUCAAGCUCGCCAACCCCAAGACCGCUGAAUACCAACUCGUCCGCACGUCCCUGCUCCCGGGUCUCCUCAAGACGAUCAACUCGAACAGGCAUCACGCCGUGCCCAUCAAGGUCUUCGAGGUCAGCGACGUCGGUUUCAAGGAUGAGUCGCAGGAGAGGAAGACGAGGAACGAGAGGCAUUUCGGAGCGGCCAUCAUGGGAAAGACUAGCGGAUUCGAGCAGGUACACGGGCUGCUGGAUCGGUUGAUGCUGAUGCUGAGGUCGGUGUUCAUUACGAGGGAAGAGGGGUUGAAGAAUCCUAAGCUUGGUGGGUACUGGAUUGAAGAGCUUGACGACCCGACUUUCCUCAAGGGACACUCCGCCGCUAUCAAGCUCAAUCUCGACGGCAAAAAUCACACCAUCGGUGUCUUUGGCAUUCUGCAUCCUUCGGUGCUGCAGAAGUUCGAGCUGCCGUAUCCCGUCAGCACCGUCGAGUUCAACCUCGAGGUCUUCAUGUAG